CUCGCGGAUGGCGUCUCGUGCACGCGACCUUGCGGUCCGUCGAUCUAUAUACGCCGUUCGCUCGCCCCGUCCCGUCUCCAGCAGUCUCGCUCGCUCGCUCGCCUUUCCCCACCUCCCCCCUCGUCGCCGCGGCGCCCGCCAGCUAGGGUUUCGUGCCCCCGCGCCCCGAUCCGCCAUGUCGAAGCAAGGAGGGAAGGCCAAGCCGCUCAAGGCGCCCAAGGUAGACAAGAAAGAGUACGACGAGUCUGAUCUUGCGUAUCUGCAGAAGAAGAAAGAGGAGGAAAAGGCACUGAAGGAUCUGAAGGCCAAGGCACAGAAGGGUGCAAUCGGAGGCUCUGGCUUGAAGAAAAGCGGGAAGAAAUGAGUCUGUUAUGUGUAUCUGUGAUACUUGGGAAAUGAUAAACCUCCUGCCAAUAUGUGUGGUCUUUGGCCAUAUGUGAUUGUGACAAAACUAGUGGUUCUGUGUUAGUAAUGCUGCAGUUGGUUGCUUGAUCCGAAAAGAUGAUGUUGGCUAUGAUGCAGGUGGUUCUAUGAUAAUAACAAGGCAUUCUAAGAUGUUAUCUCAAAUUUUCGGUGCUAA